UCAACUUUGUCGAAAAGCUAUUGUUCAAUGCUUCAUCAGGACAGCUUAAUACAAUAACAAACCCAUUAAAAUAUUAAAUAUAACACGAGGAGAUAUUUUAAAAAACUUUAUAGAUUUUAAUAAAAAUGACCUGUUUACAUUUGAAAAAUUUUAAAGAAAAUGAAGGAAUCGUAACUUUUCGUACGAUUUUCUCAAACUUUGUUGUUUGUUUUUCCAAAGAUGCUCAAAUUAGAAAGGCAAUCAACAUGAAGUGUCACCAGUGUCAUACCUAUUCUAAUUUUUUACAUGCUUGUUUGCAUUGCGUUUACUUUGGUUGCUACUCUGGUUGUAGACAUAUUAUUGAACAUUUAGAGAAAAAAAACCAUAUUCUUGCAAUUGAUUUAAAUUAUGGGAACAUAUACUGUAACAGUUGUAAAACAUAUGUUUAUGAUAAAGAAUUUGAUGCUGUUGCAAUAGAAGAAAGUGAUAGAGCAUGGCAGAUUAAAUAUAGUGGUAAACGUAAAUAUGUGGAAUGGGAACCAAAUGGAAUUGAACAGGAGUUGUUGCGAAUUAAUAAAAAACGAAAAAUAUUAACUUAUGGAUCAUACAUAGGGCUGCGUGGUCUAAUCAACCUUGGAAGCACAUGUUUUAUGAACUGCAUUUUACAAGCUUUUACCCAUACUCCAAUGCUUCGAAAUUAUUUUUUAUCAGAUUGUCACUGUUGCCCUCCAGAAGACUCAUUAAACUGCUUAGUUUGUGAAAUGUCAGAUUUGUUUCAAGAAUUUUAUUCUGGUAAAAAAGCAGCACAUAUACCUUUUCGUUUGCUAUACAAAGUGUGGACAAAUGCCAGACAUUUAGCAGGAUAUGAACAACAAGAUGCACAUGAGUUUUUUAUUUCAACACUUGAUGUUCUGCAUCGUCACUUUCGAGACGAUAGCUCUACCCCUUCUAACAACCAUAAUAAUUGUAACUGUGUUAUUGAUCAGAUAUUUACUGGUGGACUUCAGUCAGAACUCACUUGUCUUGCUUGCAGAGGUGUUUCUACAACUGUUGAUCCAUUCUGGGACAUAUCUCUUGACCUUGGUGAUUAUAACCCAGCUUUAAAGUCAGGACGAAGAACUCCUAAUAUUCUUUUCGACACAACAGAUGCCAAAAUUGAGUCGUUUUCCUCUCGCUGUUCUGAAGAUGAAAAGUUUGUUCCACAGUCACUUACAGAAUGCUUAAGGAGGUUUACUCGAAAAGAAAAACUUGGCAGUGAGGCAAAAAUUCGAUGCAGUCAUUGCCUAAGUUACCAAGAGUCAACAAAGCAGCUAUCCAUGAAAAAGUUACCUAUUGUAGUUUGUUUUCAUUUUAAGCGAUUCGAACACUUCACAAAAUCAAAAAAAAUAUCAACUCAUAUACCUUUUCCAGAAGAGUUGGAUAUGACUCCAUUUAUGUCUUCAUCUGCAAAGGACCAUUCUAGUGUUGCUUCUGGUUUGAAUUUAGAUAAUAAAUAUUCACUAUUUGCCGUAGUUAAUCAUCAAGGAACUUUAGAAGUUGGCCACUACACUAACUUUAUUAGACAAAAAAAAGGAGAGUGGUUCAAAUGUGAUGAUGGUUGGAUUACUAAAUCUUCCCUUAGUGAAGUUUUAAACAGUGAAGGGUACCUUCUCUUUUAUCACAAAGAAAUUCUCGAUUACGAAUAAUUACAUAUCUAUGAUUUUAGGUAUUCAUUUAGGUUUCUUCUAUUGCAAAGGAAUUCUCGACUUCGAAUAAUUUUUCUAUUGAUGAAA